AUGGGUAAUGCUCAGAAAAAAGAUCAGCUGGAACAUGCUACUCAAUCUACACCAUUGAUACAGCAAUUUUUAUUGCAGGAAGGUCAAGGACCAUCAGCUCAGCUCGAUUCAGAUCAGCCACAUUCCAAUUUCAAUAGCCAGGUACAGGUAGAUGAUGAAGCCUUCUUAAACUUUAACCAUCAGGAAGACAAUGAACCUUUGGAUGAAGACAUUGAACCACCUGCUGAAAUUGACUCACACGAUUUUCUUCGAUGUCCUGAACAUAACAAGUUGGAACCAUUGCUUGAGGCAAUGGCUGAAGCUUGCUACCAGCAUGCUCAACUUCAACAACAAAACCGCUGGGCCUCACAAUGUGAUCAAAUGCUUCCAGCCUUUCUACAAGGUCGUCUUUGA